UUGUUGAAAAGAUUCGAGUGGACAUAGCAACGUUUUCUGACUUAAAAUUUAAUCAUUUGAUAAGCUUUUUAAAUGUUGGCUCAGCUAAUCAUAACAGGUACUCUUUUGACAAGAAAGCGUUGAUAACAAGCUCCCCUUAUCAGGUUGUGAUUAUACAUCAGUAGAAACUGUCUUUAAAUCAAGACCAAUAAUUGCUAAACCAUAAUCAAUGCAAUCAUACGUGAUUUGUCUAGUUUGCGUUUGGUAUGGAAAAAACAGGAAAGGUAGUCAGGAUUGUGUAAUAGAUCAGGAUGAAUUCAUGAUCUUCACACAUAAUUACAGGUGGAAAAAGAAUCGUGUUGCGAGGAAUGAUCCCAUAGCCAGAACUUAACUCUAAAAGAUCGAUAACACUGAAACUCGAUAAAAUCCAUGGACUUUUAUAGGUAUUUCUACAUUAUUUUGUUAUGUCCUAUUGUCACAGUGGUUACUUCAAGCUCUUGGCGCGGGGAAGAUGACACAAAGUUGUCAGACAACAAGAAAUUUGCAGGAGGAGAUUCAUUCAGAUAUGCAAUUGAACAAGAAAGAGUUGAUGGCAAGAAAAAAUCGAGAGCUCCUAAGUCCUCCAUCGCCAAAAAGAAUUUGAACACCGUGGGAGACCUUUUGUCAAAUCCAAAAGGAAAGAAAAGUGAAAGAGAAGCCACAGCAGUCGAAGGAAACAAAGGACUUGGUAAAAAGAGAACUUUGUGUUUAUGUGAAAGCACAUCCUGUUGCGAGGACGACUGUACUUCAGAUUGUUCGGAGAAAUGCGCAUGCCCAACUCCGCGACCGCCCUCUCAAACUGCCUUAUUCCCCAUACCAAAGGAGCCUCCUGUAGUUAGUUUAACACCGAUUACUCCCCCCGUGAAUCAACCACUUCCCAACACUGGUACCAUCGGAUUACAUCCUGGAAGAGCUGGAAAUGUUUACAUUCUACCACAAGGAACUAAACCAACCUUUCCACUCCAAGUCUCACCCAAUCAGGGUCCAACUCUCGUAAAUUCGAAUCCCAAUCUCGUUAACGGAAUCAAUUCUAACUCGAAUCAACCGUUCUACGUCGUUCCUGCAAAUAAUGGCGCGUCAACGAAUGCAAAUGGUAAUAACUAUGUUAUCAAUGGGGUGCCAUACACGAUUUCAAAUCAACCCACUAUUAAUUGGGAUCCAAAUCAAGCUAACUUGGGCUCUCAAAAUUAUCGCGUCAUAACCAAUAAUGUUGGAAAUCAAAGGCCAAAUCAAGGAACAUUAUAUGGUAAUCAAUUACCUAAUGGGAACAAUCAAGGGAUUAAUUAUAAUCAAGGCAACAUUUACAACCCUGGAACAAACUUUGGUAAUAAUCAAGGCACUAAUUAUAAUCUAGGAACAAAUUUCAAUAAUCAAGGUACAAAUUCGAACAAUCAAGGAACAAAUUUCAACAAUCAAGGAACAAAUUCGAAUAGUCAAGGAACGAAUUCUAAUAAUCAAGGAACAAUAUCGAAUAAUCAAGGAACGAAUUCGAAUAACCAAGGGACAAAUAUCAAUAAUCAAGGAACAAAUUCCAAUAAUCAAGGAACAAAUUCCAAUAAUCAGGGAACAAAUUUUAAUAAUAAAGGAACAAAUUUCAAUAAUCAAGGAACAAAUUCGAAUAAUCAACGAACGAAUUCGAAUAAUCAAGGAACAAUUUCGAAUAAUCAAGGAACGAAUUCGAAUAAUCAAGGAACAAAUCUCAAUAAUCAAGGAACAAGUUCCAAUAAUCAAGAAACCUUCACGCCUAAUCUAGUGCCAUCUUCUGCCAUUAAUGCACCAAACUCUCUAAAUCCUCAGACCAAUCCUCAGAAUCCGUCUAGUAAUGCCGGUAAUUCUGCAGUAUCUGCUAAUCCUCAAUCGGGUAAUCCGAUAGAUAGCUCAAGACAAACUAACAAUCCUUUUGCCCCAGGUAGGGGAUUAGAUCCUCAAACUGGUCAAUCUACUAAUCAUGGCGGAUCGUCUAAUCCAGCUGGAUCAACUAAUCCAUCUACUUCCACAGUCAAUCAACCUGGAGCAGUUAAUCAACCUGGAACAAGUAACACAGCUGGAUCCGCUAGUCAAGCUAGUACUGGGUCGGCUAAUCCAGUUGGAUCGACUGGAUCUACUAACCAGGUGGGCUCUGCUAAUCCGCAAACCGGCAUUCAAGCUGUUCCCGCAGGUCAAAGCAAUAAUCCAUUUGCACCUGGCGGCCGAUUAUCAACCACAAACAACAAUGGCCCAAACGUUCAACUGGACGAAAAAGAGAAUGAACACAAUGAAAAAAAUAGCGAAGCUAAACCGUUAAAGAAACUCAUGCGAAAACUCUUAAACAAGCUUUCGAAGCAGAAAAGUGGGACCAAUUCUGUGAAAGAUAGGGAGAGCAAUGACUUUGUAGAAAAAAUGGCAAUCGCCAAAAAUGUUUUAGCAAAACAAAAGCUUAUUAAAAAACAAGUGCCACAUCGCUUUGCAGGAACCAAGAAGCAAACAAAGAAAAAUUUUCCUUCUCGGCGGAAAUCAUUCAGAAAAUCAAGCGAGAAUUCCAGUCGUUCCAAGAAAGCAAGGUUUCAACCUUGGGAAAAGGUGUGGAAAAAAUUUGCUCGCGAUAUCUCUUGAAACUUCACCACGUUGAUCAGCUGAAGCAAGAAGAUACCUCUGUUAAUAAGAGGGAGAAGAGCCAGGACAAUUAUUACGAUUAUUCUUACCACGACAUUAAUCCUAAUUUGUAAUUUGCCAGCCUUUCUGCAAGAGGAAGCGAGCUGUGAUAAAGACCGUCCUCA